AUGUCCGUUCCUGAGCCUGUGCCGGAUGGUGCGCCGCCUGGUUCGACGCCAACCCCCCCACCUCGCUCAGCUAGAGAUCAAGUCGAAAUCGCCAAACUCGACGCAAUAUCCGACCGCAUCAAACGCGCUGUCCCAGAGGCGCCGUAUAUCCUUUCCACUCCUUCGUUGCAUCCAUACUCACAUUGGUCGCGGCAGGAGGCACAUAGUUGGAUGAUGGGACAUCUCUUUGACCCUCACGAGGAGCACCUCCAGUACAGGACGUACCUCUACCGAGAGCCAUAUCAAGACUGCUUCGUCUUGCAACCGGGUGAAGAUGAUUUGCCCCCACCCGAUCGGUCCAAGUCGCAGGCCUUAAAUACCUCGUCACAGGCACCGAAGAAGAAAAUCAGCCUCUCAGCCUAUAAAUCGAAGCAAGCCAAUGGCGUCAUCACGCCUGGUUCUAAGAAAGUGUCGCCCACUCUUGCUCCAACCAAGCCUGAUCCCGCCCAGGUCAACGGGUUCAAAGCGUCUGAAAAGCAGCCUCUUCCUGCCCAGAAGUCUCCUUCUAAUCCGGCACGUCAGCACCCCACCCCUGAAUCUCUUGUUCCCGGCAAGCCUGAGAAACGGCCUCCUCCAAAAGAGCCUACACCAGAGCCGCCUCACAAGGGAGAUUUGUCAGAACUAAAGCCAACCUCUGAUGUUUCCGUCCCAUCUAAUGGCACUCCACAUGGCCUCCCACCUCUUCUAUCACCAGUCGGCCCAUCUCUACACAAUCCCUACGAUCUGCCACCUAUCUUGUCUCCGACAUUACCCUCUAAUGUUCAGGCUGAGCUCGACCGAUUAGAGACCCAACGGAAGCGUGCUGAGUCCAAUGCAUCCACAUCGUCUUCCGACAAGAGAGACAAGCUACUCUCGGCCCCAGAUCCGCGCUCCGAAAAGCGGGAAGACCUCACGAGGAUCAAGUCACGAGUCCGAUCGGUCUCGAUGAACGGCACUGCGCCCACCGGUCUUCCUACCGUUCGAACAAACACUUCUGAACCCACACUUGUAGUUAAGCUGAAGUAUCCAAAACGAUCAAGUGCCACUAUCGAGAGGAUUCUUCGCUUGCAGCCCCCUCGAAAGCCAGCCACAACUAUUGACAAGAAGGAGCGACCAGUCAAAUCGCAAAUCAAAGCAUCCGAUGCUAUUGCUACGAAGACCAAGGAAGCGCCAAAGACAACUGCACGUCGACCAGAAUCGACUGUCCUGAACGCGAGAUCUACUAACAGCAAGAGCACAACCGGGCCACAAAAGCGACCUCGUGAUGAAGAUGAAACCCUGUCGGCUGUGGCUCCAAAACGGCAAAAAGCGCAAGUAUCUAACGAUCCACCAAGUACUCCAUCUGAACAAAUAAUCUUCUCGCCAACACUUUCUAACAAGUCUAGCGCGCAACGGUCGCAAGCCCUGUCGCAAGGCCAAUAUGUCACGCCUCGAAAAGAUCUUAUCGCGAACAAGAUGAUUCGGACUACCUCUGCAGAGGGGGAUGAUUCCACUCCCGGUCGAUCUGGCGUCACUCCCUCCAGCUCAAAGCAUCUCGAUGUGAAGCCUGCUCCGACCUCUGCUCCUAUUAACGGCAAGAAGCCAGCUGAUAUCCACGCAUUUCAACGUAUUUCAAUGAAACUUAACACUCUCGGUCGAUCGCUCAAACAUGAAAGCCAAAGGUUUGUCGAGAAAGGUAGCCAAAUUAGCAAAGACGAUCAGAAACGCGCCGCCGUCACCAGCAUUGAGUGUAUUCUAUCGUAUAUGGCUGCCUACCACGUUCAAGACAUCUCGCGCAAUCUCAGUGGACGCCCUGGUGAAGUUGAAAACACUUGGAAAACCUUGUUACCCCUCUGCAUGUCGUAUUCCGUUCGGACGAGGGAUUUCCCCCACUUGGACGGCCUUCGCUCUUAUCUGAGCUCUGUUAUUUCUGGAUCCAUCUGCACCCACAUUGCACACCGGUUCCGCUCCAUUUCCGCUCAAGCUCACGAUUCCCCGCAUGAUGCCCCUACUUCCGAAUCGGCGAAUCCGAACCUCAAACUUCUUGCCGAUAACGUUAUGAAUCAACAACGCUUUACGCAGGACGCGAGGAUUGGUCUCCCUUCAGAUGAUAUUGAAAGGUUAUUUCCGAAAACUUGGGCUGGCAGAGAGAAAGUUGCGAAACUAGCCAGGGAGACGGAGAAGUUGGCUGGUGGUCACCUCAACGGUCCCUACUUCCUGCCCGUUGGGAGCGAUACCACACCUAUCCAGGCCGUUCGGUUUGGUCUUGCGUUUCUCAAAGAGUAUAGUGAGAAGGAGAGCCUCAACUACUCCACACGCGUUAAUCUCGAGAGGCCGGAAUGA